AGACAACUAAGACGAGUCUUUUCCCUAGCAUGGACGUUGAUUUAUCCAAAUGAAUAAGCCGUUGACUCUAAUUUUAUUUCAUAGAAUUAGUUCCACCAAUUAUCUUUAUUCCUUCCUCUAAUUUUCUAGAUCCAAUGAAUCAUCUUCCAUGGCUGCAGUCGUCUCUCCCAUGUCUCCUCCUCCUCCUAAUUUUUUCUCAUCCCUCCUAUGGCGACGUCGGCACCGCCGCCCAAUACAGUCCCCCAUUCUUACCCACGGCGUGUUACGGAUAUGAUCCCGGGCAAUUCCCGUCAAGCAAUCUGUUCGCGGCGGCCGGCGAUGGGAUAUGGGACAAUGGAGCGGCUUGUGGGCGGCAGUAUUUGGUGAGAUGUAUAAGCGCCGCCGAGCCGGGGACGUGUAUUCCUGAGCAGGUGAUUCAAGUCAGAAUAAUCGAUUAUGCACUUCAGACGGCUUCUCCGCCGUCGUAUGACGGCACAACCAUGGUUUUGUCCGACACCGCAUUUGGAACCAUCGCCAAUUCCACCGCUACCUCCAUGAACAUCGAGUUUCAACAGAUAUGAUAAAGUUUGAAUGAUGUUGAAGAAGUUGGCGUGUGAGAAAAUGUGCAAAGAGUCUACCCCCUUUUUUUCGAGUUGUAAAAAUAGAUUAAUAGUUGUGUUGUUCAUUUUUUAGAAUUAAUGUUAAUAUUAAUAAAUAUUGGAUUUUUGCAUGUGAAGAGUGAAGACGAAUUUGUGAGGGUUGUCAAUUGGUUGAAUGAUUGUUUAAUAAUACAUCCAUAUGAGU